AUGGCCGAGUCCGUGACUUACAUAAAGUCGGUAGUCGCGUCCUGCGAUUGCCAUCCGAUCGGAGCGUCCGGCAGGACCUGCAAUCAUCAGACGGGACAAUGUCCUUGCAAGGAUGGCGUAACGGGGAUUACGUGCAACCGCUGCGCCCGAGGAUACCAGCAGAGCAGAUCCCACAUAGCACCCUGCAUCAAGAUUCCGAUUGUACAAAUGAUGGCAACAGAGGAGCACGACGACAAUUACGACCGCAGCGACGAUGAAAAUAACGCGGCAGGCGAUCAAUGCGGAAAAUGCAAAGCGGCCACAAGAAGACUCAACCUAAACAAGUAUUGCAAAAGGGAUUACGCGAUAAUGGCGGAAGUGCUAAGCAGAGUCGAAGACCCGGAGGACGAGCACACCAAAGGAUGGGUAAGGUUUAUGGUCAAGAUCGUGUCGAUAUACAAGAAAGGAGGCAAUUCGAAAAUAAGAAAAGGAACAAUGCUGCUCGUCAUUCCCGCGGCUGAUCUAGCCUGCAAGUGUCCCAAAAUCAAAGCAAACAAAUCAUACUUGAUUUUGGGACGUGAAAAGGACGACUCUCCGGGCGGAAUAGUGACGGGCAACUUGGGUGUAACCCAGAGAUCAAUCGUAAUCGAAUGGAAGGACGAAUGGGAUCAACGUAUGCGUCGAUUCCGUCGCCGAGCUCGCAAGUGCAAGUGAACUAAUUAAACCCGCAUAAUUAGUAGUCCAUAUUUCGACAUUUUAACGGAAUC